CAGCCCCGGCGCCCGCCCGCUCGCCGGCCCUGCGGUCCGGUCCCUGCGCCCUCCGCUCCCAUCGCCCGCGCGGAUCCAGCUCCCUGAGCUGCCCGGGCGGCGGGCGAGGGGCAAGCGGGCUUCGGCGAGCCCGAGGAGGCGCAGGCCUUCCCCGGGCCCCGCAGGUCUGGUGUCUGUCCUCAGCACUGUGCAAGUGUAGAAAAGGAGGAGGAACAUGUCCAGAGUCCCCACAGGACAGGAAAAGGAGGGGAAUCUCAACAUGGAAAAACUCUGUGAUGCAAAUGAAGGAAUGCCUGAGAACCAAGGAAAGAUGGAAUACAAAGAACCGCCACAGGAUGCGGGAAAGCCAGAAUUAGCUUGUACUCUGGAAGACAAGGAAAAGUUGGAAAAUGAGGGGAAGACAGAAAAUGAGGAAAUACUAAAGGACAAGGAAAGGCCAGGGAGUGUGGCAAAGCGAAAAGAGGGAAAGCCAGUAAACGAGGGAAAGCCAGUAAACGAGGGAAAGCCAGAGAUCCAGGAAAAGCCAAAAGAAGAAAAGCCAGCCAUCGAAUCAAGGGUUGCAGGAAAGCGCCCAGCUGGGGAUGAUGUACCCAGGAAGGCCAAAAGAAAAACCAACAAGGGGCUGGCUCAGUGCCUCAAGGAAUACAAGGAGGCCAUACACGAUAUGCAUUUGAACAAUGAGGAGAUGCUAAAAGAAUUUGACGAGAUGGCCAGGGUGGAGGAUGAGGUGAAGAAAACCAGACAGAAAUUGGGGGGAUUUAUGUGGAUGCAAAGUUUACAGGACCCCUUCCACCCUAGGGGCCCAAGGGAACUCAGGGGUGGGUGCAGAGCCCCACAAAGGGGCUUUGAAGACAUUCCUUUUGUGUAGUGCCCCUGGCAGGCAUUUGCCAAGCCCUGUGCUUUAAUCUUAUGCUAAUAAUUUGCUUUAGCUGUCACUCUGGUUAUCAGUAGCCUUUUGAUCCAACUAGAGCACUCUACCAGUAGGGGAUUUUUCACCCAUGUGCAUUGCAAAGUCGUUAUAAUUCUUGGAAAAUAAAGUAGCUUAUAAUAUCAU